AGGAGCGAUCGCUUCCUGCAUUGCUCUUCGUCUCGGGUAGUUUAUUUAGUUCUCGCCGAAGUAUUAAUGUAUGAAUCGCGCAGGAAGCCUCAGAUUCGUUUCAUUGUAGCAGAAUGAUCAGUAAAGUGAAAAAUGCAAUGUCCACGCUGGUCGGCGGCAUGAUACCGCACGGCCACCACCAGCAUGGGUCAGGCAACGCACAGAACAGCGGUUCGGACGGUCUACCUCCUCGGUUCGCGUACUCUCGCCCGGAGUUCUUGGACCUUACCCCGGAGCUACUGCAGUAUUCGACAGAGCAUGCAUCGAGACCGGUGCUCACAUUGAAACGGGACAGUCGGCUACCCUGGCGGACAGGAUACGCAGAAGUCAUCAAUGCGGGAAAGAGCAUGCUGAACGAAGACCAGGCCAGCUGUGAGCUGCUGUAUGUGAAGAAGAUCAGCGGCAAGCAGCGCAACUCCACCCUGCUGGAGGACAAUGGGGACGGCACCGGGAUCCCGCUGCACUUCUGGGGCGUGUUCGACGGGCACGCGGGCUCCGGCGCCGCCAUCAUGGCCUCCAAGCUCCUGCACCGGCUGAUCCGCGACCGGCUGAGCGACAUCGCCCACCUGCUGGAGAACCCCGACGCCGCACCGCCCAUCUGCCUCACCAAGAACGGCAGCCCGUACCAGCUGGAGGUGAAGAAGGGGGCGGCCGUCGAGGAAGACCCCGACUCGCCUGUGGACCCGGCGGCGCGCUUCCACAUGGAGAAGGUGAUCAGCCUGGAGAGCCUGGUGAUGGGAACCAUCGAAAAUGCCUUCAAGCAAAUGGAUGAUCUCAUAGAGAAGGAGAAGGCCUCCUACAGCAUUUCUGGGGGGUGCUGUGCCCUGGCUGCAGUUAAUCUAAUGGGGAAACUCUAUGUGGCUAAUGCAGGAGACAGCAGAGCCAUCAUCAUCCGUAAUGACGAGGUCAUCCCCAUGUCCAGCGAGUUCACGCCCGAGUCAGAAAGACAGCGCCUGCAGUAUCUUGGCUUCCUUAGACCAGAGCUCCUGGGGAAUGAAUUCACACACAUUGAGUUCCCACGCAGGAUCCAGCACAAGGAGCUGGGAAAGAAGAUGCUCUUCAGGGAUCACACCAUGGCCGGCUGGGCUUACAAGACGAUUGUAGAAGAGGACCUCAAGUUCCCUUUGAUAUAUGGAGAAGGCAAAAAAGCUCGGGUGAUGGCCACAAUUGGAGUGACACGAGGCCUAGGGGACCAUGACCUGAAGGUGUACAACUCCAACAUCCACAUCAAGCCCUUCCUCUCCUGCUGCCCAGAGGUGAAAGUAUACAACUUGGAGGAUUACAAGCACGGCCCUGAUGAUGUCAUGGUCAUGGGCACAGAUGGACUGUGGGAUGUCACCACUGACAGGGAGGUGGCUGAUGCGGUAACAGGCUUCCUGUCAUGCUGUGAGCCAAACGACCCCAUGAGGUACACACUGGCUGCCCAGGACCUGCUAAUGAGGUCACGGGGAGUCCUGAAGGAGCGUGGGUGGCGCCUGCCAAACGACCGGCUAGGCUCUGGGGAUGACAUCACGGUAUUCGUGAUCCCCCUGGCGGGACAGAAGCUGGAGACAUGACAAGCCCUGUCGGCUGGAUCAGAGUCUGAGGACCCCUCUGCAACACAACCCAGGCCCCUCCCCUGUCCCUCCCUCUCCUCCCCCCCACCUUCUCCCCCAGCCUGUGGGGUGAGGGGGGAUAAUAUCAUUCUCCAAGGGAUGCCUCAAAUGAGAGCGUCCCACUUACCAUCCACCAGAUCCCCAGCCUCAUCGUGUUGUUACUCCUGUUGCAGGCGCUAGAUGAUAUCAUUUCUCCAUCCAUGCACGUCAUUUUCGCUAUUCCUGCUUGGUGCAUUCAUUUGCCAUGAGAAAUCUCUGAACUUUCCAGCCCUCAGUCUUUCUGAUUCAGCUGUCAGUCACUGGAUUGUGCCAGUAGUCCAGUAUAAUACAGGGGAAUUCCACACAAAGUGGUGCCUGCCAGGACUUCCCAGCAUGCAGUGCAGGUUCCCUUUUAUGACAUCAUGACCAGAGUUGUAUUCAUGGGUUUUUGUGCCUCACCUCUUGCAUUUCUGAAAAUGGUAACCAGAACCAGAUUGAUGGUUUGAGGGCCAAGGGAGUCCAAUUCCCAGGUGAGACAUAUGUGUAAAACCAGAAUGGUGUUAAGUAUUUGGACAAGAUACUUAAACUGAAUUGGUUCUGUAACAACUACCCAGUGUGUCAAUGGAUCUGAUAGUAAGAAAGAUCAAGAAAGAGAGAAAGCUGUAUAAUCUAAGCACUUUAAGACACCUUGGAGAAGUCCAUCUCUCAAAGAAAAUGAUGAAGAGUGUUUCCUUUCUUUUCUGCCUUGAGAUGUUGUCACAGAAUGUUAAUCUUGUUUGGGGGAUUUCAGUAUUCAUUUCUGAAGUAUGCAUUAGCAGUGAGUACACCGUCCAAAUACAAACUGAUCAGAUAAAUGGACAUCACCUCUCGCAGAGAGUAAGAAUCCUCUUGCCCAAAUGAUUACAUGCAACAGCAAAUUAUUGUAUUGCCUGUUCAUAUUGAAAAAAAUGAAAGCCCAAUGACAGGUGGUGAUUGCAGGGAAUGUCCCUUUAGGAAUAUAAACAUGUAAUGCAAACAGCAAAACCAUUCAUUUAGAUUAGAUUUUCACAGUCUAUUUAAAUAAAUACCAAGAAUCACCUGUGUUAAAGAUAUACAGGUAAAUAUAGUAGGGAUAGGCAUUGUAACCCUCCAAACAUAUUUUUGUAGCCUGGUAGACAAACUUAACUUUUUUGGCAAUAAAGAAUGCCACAGCCAAAAUUCACUCAGCAUUAUCAGCUAAUUAGCAACCUGCCCACACAAAUAAACUGAAGCCUCUGUGUAUCUAGGGCCUGCAUUAGCCAAUGUUUUCUCAUCAAAGGGUGAUGAUUAAUGAGGAUAAACACUGUUCAUCCUUCCCAGUUUUAAGGCAGAUUCAUGUUUUUUUUCCCACUCUAAUGGCAAUGGUGACUAAAGCACAUUCUAAGAAGUUAAGUCACCUAAUACAGUAGAAGCACUCACAAGUACAAUUUGUUGCCACGAAAACCAUGGUCACGUGAUUACACACGCAGCGUCUGGAGCAUUACAAUGGCAACAUGCUUCUCUGAAUAGCAAUCGCAGUUGUAGCGAUUGGCGUGGCACUGUAGCAUCCGCAAGCAGAACUGCCCAGCCAGACACUUUCAUUGUGUAACGUGGCACAUUUUGCCUGUGGCCACUUUGAACAUUUUAUCAAUAUGCUCAUCAGUCUGGACCAAGGUCUGCUUCAGUGUGGACAUGCUGCGGCCCUCUAUCGUUUGCUUUUCAGUAAGGUAAAGGUUAACUUUCGGAUGGAACAGCAUUGUAACAUGCCACAAACGGCUGCCUUACCGUGCUUGAGGUAUGAAGAUGUUGUUUGUGGCAAGGCCUGUAUCUGUCAUGAUUUUAUUCUUGCAGAGAGGAGACUAGGCAUCCCUUUAAAAUGUGAUUGUGUGUUUCCUCUUGCUGUUUUAUUUUUCUGUGCUCUUCAUUUUCAGGGAGACUAACCAUUGCAUUUGAAAACAAAUUUGUUUCAUGGCUGCAUCAUUCGUUUGACAGGUGUCACGAGCAUUGUGUAUCUGUACAGUGUAAAUUUUUAGCAAAUUAUAAUUUGAUAUUUAACUAUCAGACCUGUAGCAUAUACAGUGUG